GACGCUUUUAGGUUCACGGAGAAACCAGAAAUCUUGCACAAUUUCCCCCUUUUGAUCAAAUUAUCGCAGCCGAUGAAGAUGAAGCUGAGCAGAAAUACAGCUGCUUCGGCAAUUGAUCGUUUUCGUAGAAGACGAAUUGCGGCUAAAUCUUCGCCUGAGUUUGGUAAUUUUGUUCCAAUGUUUUCUUAUUUCUGUUCGAAUUUCCACAAUUUCAGUUGCAAAGAUAAACCUUUUCCACCUAAGCUGCGUAGAAUAGAUUUGAGCUGUGUUCAUGAAUUGAAUGAUGCUGUCAACUUGUUUCACGAAAUGGUGAGAAUGCGUCCGCAGCCUUGUAUUUCUGCUUACAACAAAUUGAUAAGUGUUACUGCUAAGAUGAAGCAGUAUUGUUUUGCCCUUUAUGUGUUCGACGAAAUGCGUCGAAUGGGUGCCCCCGUGAAUGAUUGCACGAUGAAUAUUGCGAUUAAUUGCUACUGCUGUCUGAAACGCGUAGGCUUUGGUUUUGCUAUAAUGAGCACAUUCUUCAAGAGUGGUUACGAGCCGGAUGCCAUAACAUUCGCCACUCUCAUUAAAGGUCUCUUUUUAGACGAAAAGGCUGCCGAUGCCAUGAAUUUGUUCAAGAAGGUUCUGGAUUUGAGAGUAUGUGAGCCCAGUAAUGUCAUGAUUCUCACUGUGAUAGAUGGGCUUUGCAAAGCUGGACAGAUCUUUGCAGCCCAUGAAUUGCUUCGUAGAUUAGAAAGAAGUGGGCGGAGACUCGAUGUUUGGGCUUAUAGUGCAUUAAUUGAUGGAUUACGCAAAUGUGGAAUGGUGGAUGAUGCUUUUCGGCUUCUAUCCAAGAUGAUUAAUAAGGGUAUUUCACCUAAUGUUGUCACAUAUAAUUCGAUGAUCCAGGGGCUGUGCGAUGUUGGUAGACUAAAGGAUGUUAAAGUUCUGAUGAGUGAAAUGGUAAAUUCUAAUGUGCCUUUGUGUGUCAUAACUUUCAAUAUAUUAAUUGAUGCAUAUUGUAAGGAGGGAAGGACGGAAGAGGCUGAGAAUUUGUUAAAAGUUAUGAUGCAGCAGAAUAUUUGUCCUAAUACUGUCACUUACAACACGCUGAUGGUUGGAUUCUGUUUGAGAGGUGAAAUGGGUAAGGCAGAACAGUUACUCAAAUCCAUGGUAGAGAGGGGUCUUAAGCCUGAUAUUGUCAGCUAUGGCAGCUUAAUCAAUGGAUAUUGUAAGCAGGGAAGAUUGAAUGAAGCGUGGCUUCUUUUUCUCAACCUUCCUUGUAAAGGAUUGGUACAUAAUACAUAUACAUAUACUACUAUGAUACAUGGUUUCUUCAGCAAAGAUAGAUUUACUGAGGGAUGGAAGCUUUUUAGUGAUAUGGAAGCUCAAGGGGUAAGUCCUAACUUACAUACUUAUAGUACAUUGUUGGAUGGGUUGUGCAGGAAUGGGAAGAUUGAUGAAGCUCUUUCAUUACUACACACAAUUGAAGUGCAAGGAGUUGUUCCCGAUAUAGUCACGUAUAAUGUUCUCAUCAGUGGAUUAUGCAAAAAUGGAAAACAUGAUGUUGCAAUAGAUCUUUUCAAUCGACUUUCUUCUAAAGGCUUGCAACCUAAGGUUCGUACAUAUACAAUUAUCAUUGAUUCUUUCUGUCAAGAAGGUGAUGUGGAGAAGGCAAAACGCUUGCUUAUAGAGAUGGAGAAGUGUGGUUGUCCACCCAAUAGUGUGACAUACAACGUUUUAGUCCAGGGUUUGCUAAAGAGAAAUGAGCUUAACAAGGCAAUACCAUUCCUAGAAGUAAUGCAUCAAAGGGAAUUCUGGGCAGAUUCUGCUACUUUUUCUAUGCUAAUAGAUCAAGCACAAGGACAAAAUGGAGAUGACUUUCUUCUCAAAUUGAUGAAGAAAGUUAUACCCAAAGAAAUUGUGGUGUAAAACAGAGUCAGUCAAGUUGAGCAUCAAGGUUGAUCUGCAUGGGCUUCUAUUUAGCUUCUAAGUGAAUUUACUUGCAUACAUCUUAACAUAGUUCCAUGAGCAAUAGGAGUUAAAGGCUGUUUGGCUCCUUCUCCCACUUUUGUUUCGGUGGUUUGGUUUUGUGUUUGACGCUGCUGAGCUGCGAACUGUCGUACAUAGGAUCGAAUAGGUUUCCAUUUUCAUGGCUGGAACCUUACUCUAGGUCUUUUGCUGGAGGUUUAGAGGAAGUUGGAAGGUAAUAUGGCUUCUAAUAAGAUGGCUAGUCAUGAAGUUAUUGAUGUAUUGUUGAAAUUCUUAGGUAGGAUAUAUGUUAUUGCCUUUUUGUACUAGAGUUGUGCAUUAGACACUACCCUUUUUCACUUGUGUUUACUUUGAUAGAAAAUGUUAGAAAAAGUAUAUUUUCCAUCA